AUAGAAUCCAAAAUUAAUACAGGAAUCCAGGGGAGGGUAUAUAAUUGGUCCAGGAUCCCGAGGAUCCUGCCAACUCACACUCCAUCCCAGUCACGGCGUUGACUGUAGAAAUAGAUCGUGGCGAAAUAAUUGCUCCAGAUCCUUCUUAAAGUCGCCGGCUUGUCAAUGGCACAACCGUAACCUUCGUCUCCUGCUGAUAAUCAUGCACAGUAUCGUCGGCAUGGUCGCCACCGACAGAGUCACCUUGGAAGGCGACUCCGGCGCAGGCUAUGGCCAGCUCAAACCCCACUUUGUCCUGGUCCCAUUCUUCGCACAAGGCCACGUCAUCCCCAUGAUCGACCUCGCUCGCCUCCUCGCCGCCCGCGGGAUCCUCGUCACCGUCGUCUCCACCCCCAGCAACUCCUCCCGGUUCAAGCCCCUCGUCGACCGCGCCAACGCCGCCGGCCUCCUCAUCCGAAUCGCCGACCUCUGCUUUCCCUGCGCAGAGGUAGGGCUGCCGGACGGCUGCGAGAACAUCGACCUCCUGCCCUCGCGCGACCUCGUGUCCAACUUCUUCGCGGCGCUCCCCAAGCUGAAGGAGCCGUUGGUCCGCUACCUCCGGGAACAGCGGCCGGAGCCGAGCUGCCUAGUGACCGACUCGUGCAUGCCGUGGACGAGGGACGUCGCGGCGGAGCUCCGGCUGCCGCGCUUUGUCUUCCACGGGCCGUCUUGCUUCUACAUGUUGUGCAGCCGCAACGUCGCGGCGGGGUCGCCGGAGCAAGUGCCCGCAGACGCGUUGCAGCCGUUCCUGGUUCCGGGUCUGCCGGAGCUCAAAGUGGAGGUGAUUCGAGCUCAGGCAUUGAGGCUCUUCGACGUUCCAGGGAGGGAGAAGCUUCGUGACCAGGUGAUAGAGGCCGAAGCCACUGCUGAUGGAAUCGUAUUCAACACCUUCGGCGAGAUGGAGGCUCCCUUCCUCGAUCUCUACCAGAAGACUCUCGGAAAGCCCAUUUGGCCCAUCGGCCCCUUUUGCUUCGCCAGCCAAGAAACGCAAGACGCCGUCUUGCGUGGCAACAAGAACAGCGUCGACGCCCGGCGCAUCUCCGACUGGCUCGACUCCAAUGACCCGGCUUCCGUCAUCUACGUCAGCUUCGGCACCAUCACCACCAACAGUUACUCCCACAUGUUCGAGAUCGGCCUCGGCCUGGAGGCCUCCCACCGCCCCUUCAUCUGGGUGAUCAAACCUGUGGACAUGUCGCCGGAAGUGGACCAUUGGCUCGCCGGAGGGUUCGAGGAGCGGACGAGGUCUCAGGGGUUGAUACUGACUGGGUGGGUGCCUCAGAUGAUGAUCCUGUCGCACCCCGCCGUCGGGGCCUUCCUGACGCACUGCGGCUGGAACUCGUCGUUGGAGGCGGUGGCCGCCGGUGUGCCGGUGAUCACGUGGCCACACUUCUGGGAUCAGUUUCUGAACGAGAAGCUUGUGGUGGAGGUGCUGCGUAUCGGGGUGGCGCUGAAGAGCCAGAUGAAGACUCCGUUUGUCUCGCGGGAGAGCGAGGGGUUGAUCGGCCGCGCGAACGUGGAGAGGGCGGUGGAGUCGGUGAUGGGAGACGGAGAAGAGGCGGAGCAGAUAAGGAAAAGGGCGAGAGCGAUGGGAGUUGAGGCGAGGAAGGCGAUGAAACCGGGAGGGACGUCGUACGAAAGCUUGAGCCUCAUGAUUCAACAUGUUUUAGAGUUUGGAAACAAUUAAAGAUUUUAAUUACAAGGGGGGCAAUAUAAUUUCUUUACUUGCUAUCAAAAUAACAUGCUUUGUACACUCUUUAUCAAAAAUUAUUAUAAUAAAUAAAAAGCGAUAGAGACAGCGCAACAACAUCUAUGCA